UGUAGUCCCGGCGUUUGCGUGUGAGCCGGCUGGGUACCCGGAGCUUGUGCGCCGCCGGCCCGCCUAGCUGCAGGUAGAUUAUCACCUUCAUCCCCUCCAGAGUUGCGCUUGGGCCUGGCCAGCAUGGUGCCCUCCAGCCCAGCAGCAGAGAAGCAGGCCCCUGUGGAGCCUGGGCCAGACCUGGAGCGCCAGUCGUGGCAGUGCCUCGUGUUCUACCUCUGCUUCUAUGGCUUCAUGGCACAGAUGCGGCCUGGUGAGAGCUUCAUCACACCCUACCUGCUGGGGCCUGACAAGAAUUUCACCAAGGAGCAGGUCACCAAUGAGAUCACGCCGGUGCUGUCCUACUCUUACAUGGUGGUGCUGGUGCCCAUUUUCCUGCUCACCGACUACCUGCGCUACAAGCCAGUGCUCCUGCUGCAGGGCCUCAGCUACAUGGCUGUGUGGCUGCUGCUGCUGCUGGGCCAUUCAGUGCCACACAUGCAACUCAUGGAGGUCUUCUACAGCAUUACCAUGGCCGCCCGCAUCGCCUACUCCUCCUACAUCUUCUCCCUGGUGCGGCCUGCACGCUACCAGCGCAUGGCCGGCUACUCGCGCACGGCAGUGCUGCUGGGUGUCUUCACCAGUUCUGUGCUGGGCCAGCUACUGGUCACUGCAGGCAGGAUUCCCUUCUCCACUCUGAAUUACAUCUCACUGGCCUUCCUCACCUUCAGCCUGGUGCUGGCGCUCUUCCUCAAGCGCCCCAAGCGCAGCCUUUUCUUCAACCGUGGUGCACAGGCACGCAGGGACUUGGCUUCAGAGCUGGACCACAUGAACCCUGUGAGCCUGGGCCAGCCCCAGGGCAAGAAGUUGGGGCGUGCGCUGCUGGUAGCCUGCCAAGACUGGGUCCUGGUGCGCAUGCUGCGGGAGCUGGGAGACAACCUGCGGCAGCCACAACUGCGCCUCUGGUCCCUCUGGUGGGUCUUCAACUCAGCUGGCUACUACCUGGUGGUCUACUACGUGCACAUCCUAUGGAGUGUGGUACAACCUGCCGCUGACAGUGCCCGAGUCUACAAUGGCGCGGCUGAUGCUGCCUCCACGCUGCUGGGCGCCAUCACAUCCUUCGCUGCGGGCUUUGUGAAGAUCCGCUGGACACUGUGGUCCAAGCUGGUCAUUGCAGGUGUCACGGCCACACAGGCUGGACUGGUCUUCCUCCUGUACAGCACACGCAACAUCUGGUUGUGCUAUGCGGCCUUUGUGCUCUUCCGAGGAUCCUACCAGUUCCUUGUGCCCAUCGCCACCUUCCAGAUUGCAUCUUCUCUAUCUAAGGAGCUCUGUGCCCUGGUCUUUGGAGUCAACACAUUUUUUGCCACCAUUGUGAAGACCACCAUCACCCUCAUAGUCUCAGAUGUGCGCGGUCUGGGCCUCCCAGUCCACUCACAGUUCCUCCUCUACUUUGUGUACUUCCUGGUCCUGUCAGCCAUCUACCUCUCCGGUGCUGUGCUGGAUGGCCUGCGGCACUUCCAGCGGGGCCACCACCAGCCACUGCCCCUGGCCCAGGAGCUGAAGAGUCCCUCAGCCGAGAAGACUGCGCAGGUGCUGACCAUACAGGAUGAGGGCCUCGGGGAUCUGCAGCCCUUGACCCCACCCCUGCUCCCAGAGGACAGAGCAUGGGCCUUGGAGCCAGCCUCCCUGGGGCAGAGGCAACCGGGUCCAGCCUGGCCUGUUCUCCCAGUCCCAGCCCAGCCGGCGGCCAGAUUCCUGACUCCAGAGGUAGCACCUCCUGCCUGUACUCCAUGUCCUGACCAGGCCCUGACCCCUGAUGUUGCCGACGUGAUGUGUCUACAGCCAGCUGCCUAUCCUCUCAGUGUCAGCCAACCAGGUUUGCAGCUUCGUCUGAAUUCCAGUGUUCAGAGUGUGAACCAGUGACUUAUAAGGCUCUUUGUGUGCCUUUGUGGGUGACCUUCAAUUUGUCCCUGUGACCCAUGUCUCAUGGCCCGCCUGCCUUAGCCAAGAGGAGGCCUCGGUUCAUCCUGCCAAGCAGCCUUCAUGCACUCCCCCUACCUAAGCCCUGCUCCAUAUGCUGAUGAUAGCUAGAGCCUCCUGGGACACUUGGGGCAGCUGCCUGGCCUCUGCAGGCUCGGUUGCCUGUCACUGGCCCAGAAGAGGCUGAUGGGGCUUCCUGUGUCCACCAGGCCUUCCUGUCUUCACCUGCUAGAGGCUCAAGGCAAAUCCUGUCUGUCCCUGGGGACAGGCAAGGUGACCCCAGAUGCCAGCCCAGGGGAUACUGGCCUACUAGGGGUACUGGGCCCUCCAGGGCAGGGUGGGGCCAUGAUUCCCCUGGCCCAUAGCUAAACUGUGACAUUUCUAGUUGUCUUAGGUGCUUGCUUUUUUGAACAACAUGCUAAUAUUUUUUAACUGACAUAAAAAAUGAGGAACUAAA